AUGGACAAGCGAGGAACCUAUGCCAUGGUAAGCAAGGGGUUGCUGUCCCCAGAUGGGGAAGAGCAGAUAGGAAGGUUGAGAGCCAGUGUGGCGGGUCCUCCUCAGGGCUCAGUUGGAAUCUGCAGCCAGAUUGCCUGUUCUAAUGCAGUGACCUAUGAUGAUGUGCAUGUUGGCUUCACUUGGGAAGAGUGGGCUUUGCUGGAUCCUUCUCAGAAGAAUCUCUACAAAGAUGUGAUGCUGGAUACCUAUAGGAACCUCACUACCAUAGGAUACAGUUGGGAAGACCAUAUUGAAGAACAUUUUCAGAGUUCUAGAAGACAUGAAAGGCACAAAAGAAGUGAUACUGGAGAGAAUUCUGCUGAAUAUACUCAGUGUGUUAAAGUUUUUGUAUAUGACAGUCAUAUGCAAAGGCAUGAAAGAACACAUACUAGAGAGAGACACUAUGAAAGUAAUCAGUGUGGUAAAGCCUUUGCACAUAACAGUAAGCUUCAAAGGCAUGGAAGAACACAUACUGGAGAGAAACCCUAUGAAUGCAAUCUUUGUGGUAAAGCCUUUCCACGUCAUAAUGCUCUUCAAAGGCAUGGAAGAACACAUACUGGAGAGAAACCCUAUGAAUGUAAUCAGUGUGGUAAAGCCUUUGCUCGUAACAGUAACCUUCAACUACAUAAAAGAACACAUACUGGAGAGAAACCCUAUGAAUGUAAUCAAUGUGGCAAAGCCUUUGCACGACGCACUCAUCUUCAAGUGCACAAAAGAACACAUACUGGAGAGAAACCCUAUGAAUGUACUGAAUGUGGUAAAGCCUUUGCAAAACAAGAUGCUCUUCAAAUGCAUAAAAGAACAUAUACUGGAGAUAAACCAUAUGAAUGUAAUCAAUGCAGUAAAGCCUAUGCAAAACACAGUCAUCUCCAAGUACAUAAAAGAACACAUACUGGAGAGAAACCCUAUGAAUGCAAUCAAUGUGGCAAAGCCUUUACACGACACACUCAUCUUCAAGUGCACAAAAGAACACAUACUGGAGAGAAACCCUAUAAAUGUACUGAAUGUGGUAAAGCCUUUGCAAAACAAGAUGCUCUUCAAAUGCAUAAAAGAACACAUACUGGAGAGAAACCUUAUGAAUGUAAUCAAUGUGGUAAAGCCUUUGCUUGUAACAGCAACCUUCAACUACAUAAAAGAACACAUACUGGAGAGAAACCCUAUGAAUGUAAUCAAUGUGGUAAAGCCUUUGCUCGUAACAGUGUUCAUCAACUACAUAAAAGAACACAUACUGGAGAGAAACCCUAUGAAUGUAAUCAAUGUGGCAAAGCCUUUGCACGACGCACUCAUCUUCAAGUGCACAAAAGAACACAUACUGGAGAGAAACCCUAUGAAUGUACUGAAUGUGGUAAAGCCUUUGCAAAACAAGAUGCUCUUCAAAUGCAUAAAAGAACAUAUACUGGAGAUAAACCAUAUGAAUGUAAUCAAUGCAGUAAAGCCUAUGCAAAACACAGUCAUCUCCAAGAUCAUAGAGCACAUACUGGAGAGAAACCCUAUGAAUGUAAUCAAUGUGGUAAAGCCUUUGCUCGUAACAGUGUUCUUCAACUACAUAAAAGAACACAUACUGGAGAGAAACCCUAUGAAUGCAAUCAAUGUGGCAAAGCCUUUACACGACACACUCAUCUUCAAGUGCACAAAAGAACACAUACUGGAGAGAAACCCUAUAAAUGUACUGAAUGUGGUAAAGCCUUUGCAAAACAAGAUGCUCUUCAAAUGCAUAAAAGAACACAUACUGGAGAGAAACCUUAUGAAUGUAAUCAGUGUGGUAAAGCCUUUGCUUGUAACAGCAACCUUCAACUACAUAAAAGAACACAUACUGGAGAGAAACCCUAUGAAUGUAAUCAAUGUGGUAAAGCCUUUGCUCGUAACAGUGUUCUUCAACUACAUAAAAGAACACAUACUGGAGAGAAACCCUAUGAAUGUAAUCAAUGUGGCAAAGCCUUUGCACGACGCGCUCAUCUUCAAGUGCACAAAAGAACACAUACUGGAGAGAAACCCUAUGAAUGUACUGAAUGUGGUAAAGCCUUUGCAAAACAAGAUGCUCUUCAAAUGCAUAAAAGAACACAUACUGGAGAGAAACCCUAUGAAUGUAAUCAAUGUGGUAAAGCCUUUGCUUGUAACAGUAACCUUCAGCUACAUAAAAGAACACAUACUGGAGAGAAACCCUAUGAAUGUAAUCAAUGUGGUAAAGCCUUUGCUCGUAACAACGUUCUUCAAAUGCAUAAAAGAACACAUACUGGAGAGAAACCCUAUGAAUGUAAUCAAUGUGGUAAAGCCUUUGAAUAUAUCAGUAAUCUUCAAAAUCAUGAAAAAAGUCACACUGCAGAGAAACCCUAA